AGUAAAUAUAGCCGACAUUGCGUUUCCUUUGUUCUCUAAUUCCUCGAUCUCUUCGUUUCUUCUCAAACCCUCGCUUCGGCAACGCCAGCUCCGCCUCCGAGAUCAUGCCUACUGUGAGCGUAAAAUGGCAGAAGGAGCUAUUUCCUGCUGUAGAAAUUGACACCAGUCAACCACCUUAUGUUUUUAAAUGCCAGUUGUUUGAUCUUACUGGCGUACCCCCAGAAAGGCAAAAAAUCAUGGUUAAAGGUGGCUUACUGAAGGAUGAUGCAGAUUGGUCCACUUUGGCCGUCAAAGAUGGUCAAAAGUUGAUGAUGAUGGGCACUGCAGAUGAGGUUGUAAAAGCUCCAGAGAAGGGUCCUGUCUUUGUGGAAGACCUUCCAGAAGAAGAGCAAGUUGUUGCUGUGGGUCACACUGCUGGUCUCUUUAACCUGGGAAACACCUGCUAUAUGAAUUCCACUAUUCAAUGCCUUGCUUCUGUUCCAGAGUUGAAGUCAGCACUCCUGACCUAUACAAAUUCAGGAAGAAGCAAUGAACUAGAUCAAUACUCUCACCUUUUGACUAUUGCAACUCGUGAUCUUUUUGCUGAGCUUGAUCGGAAUGCCAAGCCUGUUGCACCGUUACAGUUUUUAUCGGUCUUACGCAAAAAGUUCCCUCAAUUUGCACAGCAACAUAAUGGUGUUUAUAUGCAACAGGAUGCUGAAGAGUGUUGGACUCAACUUAUGUAUACCCUCUCUCAAUCGCUUCGGUCAUCGGAAUCAAGUGAAAUAUCUGGUGCGGUGAAAUCACUCUUUGGUAUCGACCUUGUCAGCAGGAUUCACUGUGCUGAAAGUGGUGAGGAGAGCUCAGAGACAGAGUCAGUCUAUGCACUGAAAUGCCACAUUUCACAGGAUGUUAACCACUUACAUGAGGGUUUGAAACGCGCUAUGAAAUCAGAAUUGGAGAAAGUUUCUCCUUCGUUGGGGCGCAGUGCUGUUUUUUCAAAAGAAUCAUCUAUUAGUGAUCUACCUAGGUAUUUGACUGUUCAGUUUGUGCGUUUCUUCUGGAAAAGGGAGUCUAAUCAGAAAGCAAAAAUAUUGCGGAAAGUGGACUAUCCAUUGGAAUUGGAUGUAUAUGACUUGUGUUCAGAUGAGCUUCGUCAAAAGCUUCAAAAACCUCGUCAGGUUCUGAGGGAACUGGAGAAUGAAAAGCUAGGGUUGAAAACCAAGCAAAAAAUUGAUACUUCAGCAGGAAGUGAUGGUGAUGCGACCAUGGCUGAGGCUUCUGAGGGAUCUAGCGGACCAUCCACCAAUGUCAAUCCUGAAGGUGCUUCAUCCCAGAAAGAAACAUACCCAACUGGAAUCUAUGACCUUGUUGCUGUGCUAACCCACAAAGGAAGGAGUGCAGACUCUGGGCACUAUGUUGCCUGGGUAAAACAAGAGAGCGGAAAAUGGAUUCAAUAUGAUGAUGACAAUCCCAUUCCACAAAGAGAGGAGGAUAUUUCGAAGCUAUCUGGCGGAGGGGAUUGGCAUAUGGCGUACAUUUGCAUGUACAAAGCAAGGCUGGCUCAUAUUUGACAAUUUGAAGCGGAAUAGGUUCUACAUUUAUUCUUGCUUUGUUUAAGUUGGCAGAUAAAAGAGAACUUUGGGGUUAAUUUAAAAAAAGGAAAAAAAUUAUACAGGGAUUUAUUGAGCAGUUGUGAGGAUGAUUAUUCCGUGGAAGGAGAAAGAAAAAAAGAAAAAAGAAGAUAUGAAGAAUGUUGACUUGCAACAACAUCUCAUUAUAUAUUUUACUGAUUGCUGAAUUGUUGUUACUGGUUGAUAUUAUCAUGUGGCAACUGACAAGACGCUUCAGCUUGUUUGUUUGUUUGAUUAUUUUUUUAAUUUAUUUAUUUUAGACAACGUGAACAAAUCAUUUUGUGCGCACAUUUUUGUUACACCUCAAUUAUGUACUUUUUACUAUGUUUUAAUCAUGUAGGAGAGAAAGUGUACUCUCAUAGAAGUCGAAUGUCUUAUCACUCAAUUAUUGAGGUGAUGACUUGCAUAUAUUUGCGACA